AUGUUUAAAACUCUUGCUCCAGGUAUUCCAUUGCCACCCGAACCCGUAAUCACGCGAUGGGGAACCUGGCUAGAUGCUGUAAAUUACUAUUGUGAGAAUUUUUCUUAUGUAAAAAAAGUUGUACUUGAAUUAAAUCAUGAUGAUUCGACUAAUAUAAAAGAAGCAAAAAAACUUAUGUCUAAAUCAAGUUUAGAGGCUAAUUUGAUUUAUAUAAAAUCUAAUUUUAGUUUCAUUCCUUCAGAAAUAAAAAAGCUGGAGGCUUCUGGAGUCUUAUUAUCAGAAACUAUUAAUACAAUUAAAAAAAUUGAAACUUCAUUGUCCCUUGCUCCUAAUGUAAUCGGAGAAACAAUAUCAAACAAACUGAAUAAUGUUUUGAUGAAAAAUAAUGGGUUCAAAGUUUUAAAAAAUAUAUCUGCUAUUCUGGACGGUGAAAAUACAAGUAGAGAUGGUAUUCCGGAAGACCUAACUUUAAAUGAUAUGGUUCAUUUCAAAUAUGCCCCUGUUACUUCUGUGGACGUUGAACGAAGUUUUUCUUCAUAUAAAAACAUUUUAUCUGACCGCCGUCGCAGCUUCCUGUUUGAAAAUCUUAAGAAUCAUCUAAUUGUGCAAUGCAAUAAUAUGUGUACAGAAUAAUUAUACCAGGAAGCGGUUGAAUUCACAAGUCAAAUUUAUACCUAUUUUAUUCAUAAAUCAUAAUUAUUAAUUAAUAUUUUAAAAAUAAAUUUUUUCACUCAUCUAAGUA